ACGCGCAAUCAAAGAGUGAUUGUCGGUGGAAAAGUGAAAAUCGAGAUGAAGGUCGCUCUGGUGGCUUUUUUGCUGGCCCUAGGCGUCGUCGUCCAGGGAUCGUAUCAUCCCUUAUAUCCCGGAUACAAUCCGUUCGCAGCGCUGCAAGCAUUAGGCUUGUACAAUCCGUUCGUCCCUCUUGCGCCGCAAGUUCCAUUCUCCGGCACGUACGCGUAUCACGAUGGCAUACGGCCAACGGUAGUGCAAGCCAACAACGGCGGUUAUCGGUUCCCGUAUGGUGUUCCCAGUCCGGUGCGAUAUUCGUGGCAUCCGUGGACUGCUCCAGUGGCGGCACCUGUGGUACCACCAGCGGCUGUCGCUAGCUAUCAUUAUCUCGGCCAUGCCGGUUAUCCACUGUUGCCGCAGAAGACGGUGAUUCAGGCUAAUCUUGGUAGUAAGUCAGAUCCGUGGAAAUAUGGCGCCUUCUAUGGAACCGGAAUCUACGGUGUUGGAUUUAAUAAUUACAUUCCAGUGGUCAGGUUAUCCUGAUUAUGCUGUUUGAGGCCUAGGCAUUGUGGAUUUCAUGCUCGGAGUAAACAUCAGUGAUUGGUCUGAAAUACAGCAGUUUGAUUAACAUUGCAAAGUGGUGUCUUUAUUGA